GGACAUGCACGGCUGACGAUGGAAGUGGAGGACUCGGGCGGCGUGGUGUUGACCGCCUACCACUCGUACGCUCGCUCUCAGCCGCCCAGCUCCGAGCCGCGCUGUGCGCCCAGGGCCGCCGCCAGCCACCCGGGCAGCAGAUAUUGAGCCACUCUUGCAUCUCUGGAAUAAAUCCCACUUGGUGGUGAAUGAUUUUUUUAAUGGAUUGUUGAAUUCAGUUUGCUAAUAAUCUGUUGAGGAUUUUGCGUCUGUGUUCAUCAGAGAUAUUGCCCUAAACUCUAUGCUUUGGCCAAUACAAGUAACUGCAUGCUUUAAAAUCUAUUCCUCGCUGCCGAAGAAUUAACAGAAUGCUCUCCAAUGAGUCCCUACAUUCGCCUGCAUUUAACCGUUCCAACUCACAAGCCUCCAUAGACAGCACCUCCAUGGAGGACUUCUUGCGGGAAAUAGAAAGCAUUAAAGAGAGUAGCAUGAGAGCACAGGAAGAGCAGAUACCAGCUGAGGUCAAGCCUGUGGAUGAAGGAGAACUCGAAGCAGAGUGGUUGCAAGAUGUGGGUUUAUCAACCUUGAUCUCGGGUAAUGAAGAGGAGGAUGGCAAAGCCUUGCUCUCUACGCUGACUCGAACCCAAGCAGCUGCAGUGAAAAAGAGAUACAAUACUUACACUCAAACCAUGAGAAAAAAGAACAAGCAAUCUGUUAGGGAUGUCAGAGACAUCUUUGGAGUCAGCGAAUCUCCUCGAGAUGAUUUUUGUUGUAUCCCAGCUCCUCUUUUGGAACUGAUCCUGGAUGAAGAAGUGAUAUCAGCAAUUCCCUGCAGAAAUGGUCAACUGCCAGGUGAUACCUGUGACAAUCAUACUGCUCAGUUGGAUGGUCCCCAGGAGGAAAAAGAGCUACCAGGAGUUAUGAAAACAAGUGAUUCCUUGCCAGAUGAUGCUUCUCUCAACAGUACCGCCCUGUCAGAUGGGUCCCCAGAUGAAGAAGGGAGUUUUACAGUUCCCAGGAGUGGCUCUGUGUCUAUACUUGAGACCAUUCCAGCUCUACCAGUUCAUUCCAAUGGAUCUCCAGACCCUGGACAGUCAGUUCAGAAUGCAGUGAGUGAUGAUGUUUAUCUGGAAAAGAACAUUCCACCAGAAACUGAAGAGCUGUCCUUCGAAGUAUCUUAUUCAGAAAUGGUUACAGAGAUUCCAAAAAGAAACAAAUUUAAGAAGUCCGAAUUUAAGAAAGAGGACUUCGCCUUGACUAAAUUUAUUGUCCAGAAAACCAGAUUCGGUCUAACUGAAGCAGGAGACCUGUCUUCUGAAGAUAUGAAGAAGAUCCGCCAUCUGUCUCUGAUUGAACUGACUGCCUUUUUUGAUGCCUUUGGAAUCCAACUGAAAAGAAACAAAACUGAGAGAGUAAAAGGACGAGACACUGGGAUUUUUGGAGUUCCGCUCACAGUCCUGUUGGACAAUGACCGAAAGAAGGAUCCUGGGGUGAAGGUUCCCCUGGUGUUGCAAAAAUUUUUUGAGAAAGUUGAGGAAUCAGGCCUGGAAUCUGAAGGAAUUUUUCGACUUUCUGGAUGUACCGCCAAAGUCAAGCAAUACCGUGAAGAACUGGAUGCCAAGUUUAAUUCUGAUAAAUUUAAAUGGGACAGAAUGUGCCAUAGAGAAGCUGCAGUAAUGUUGAAAGCAUUUUUCAGAGAACUACCCACCUCUCUCUUCCCCGUGGAAUAUAUACCUGCCUUCAUCACUCUAAUGGAAAGAGGGCCUCCCAUCAAAGUACAGUUUCAAGCUUUACACCUCAUGGUCAUGGCCCUGCCCGAUGCCAACAGGGACACAGCUCAGGCCCUCAUGACAUUCUUCAAUAAAGUGAUUGCCAACGAAUCAAAAAACCGAAUGAGUGUAUGGAACAUUUCUACUGUAAUGGCACCAAACCUUUUCUUCAGUCGAAGCAAACAUUCUGAUUAUGAAGAACUACAGUUAGCAAACACUGCAGCCCACAUCAUCCGCCUAAUGCUUAAAUACCAAAAGAUUCUGUGGAAGGUUCCAUCUUUCCUAAUCAUGCAAGUCAGAAGAAUGAACGAAGCUACGAUGCUGUUAAAGAAGCAGCUCCCAAGUGUCAGAAAGCUGCUGAGGAGGAAGACCAUAGAACGAGAGGUUAUAAGCCCCAAGACUUCAAAGGUACUACAAAAAUCACCCUCUUCAAGAAGAAUGUCUGACGUGCCGGAAGGAGUCAUAAGGGUCCAUGCUCCACUUCUCUCUAAGGUGUCCAUGGCCAUUCAACUCAAUUGUCACACCAAAGCCAAAGACAUACUGGCAAAAUUUCAAUAUGAGAACAGUUAUGGUUCGUCAGAAUGCAUUAAGAUUCAGAACCAACGGUUAUAUGAAAUUGGAGGAAAUAUAGGGCAGCAUUGCUUGGAUCCAGAUGCUUAUAUAUUGGAUGUAUAUCACGUCAAUCCUCAAGCAGAGUGGGUGAUUAAACCCCAACCAAGUUUUUGAAACACCCUCCAGGAUGGCAGCUAUCAUGUAUCACAUGCCAAGAAGAUUCUGCAUGUGGUAGGGAAAAAAACAAGACUACUUUUGACAUGUUUGCUCCAAUAACUCUCUUGGUGUUUCUCAGCCCAAGUGGUGUCUCCCAACGUUGUCAACAUGAACCAUGGAGGUUGGCUGUUUGAGCUGGGGCUUUCUCCUAUGAUUCCUUGAUAAGAGUGAAGGAAAGAUGAUGCGAUCCUUCCAGAAGAAAGGCCAAUCUAGUAUGUGGAACUCUAAUCAUUUCUAGUACUUUGGUUUCAUAUCAGAAAUGAAUUUGGCCCUAUACCUAGAGAUAAGAAACACUUCUUUAUGUAGCAAAUGCUACCAAAGACUAGAGGUAGAAGAGAAUUGUUUUCAUACCUGUGUUAUAUACAUAGGUGGACCUUUUUGAACAAGAAUGCCAGAAAUAUCAAUAAUUUUUGCUCUGUAAAAUAAUCCAGAUCUACUUUUCAAAGGGAAUCGGUUCCUAAAGUUAUGCAUACAAUAUUUAUGCUCUGACUUGCUCCCAAAUUGGAGGAGGGCGAACUCCUGUUGAAGGAACACUGUAUUGUUAUGUAUGUUGUACUGUAUUAUGACUAUCAGCAUUCUGGUGCAAAUGACCAUUUCUCUAUCGUGGACUAUUGAAAAUUGAUAUUUUUAAAGCUUCUUUUCUGAUGAGCACUGGUCCGUAUAGCAAAGGUUAGUCUGAAAGAGGGUGUCCUUAUUCUUUCGUAACCUUCUGCGUGGUUAAUAGUCACAGAACCACUAUUUUCUCCUCAUGAUUCUGGUGCUCAACGAAUAGCUUUCUCUGUGCCAGACACAGAUUUCCUUUCCUGAUCAAACAUAUCAUUUUUUAUAUUUCACAACUGUAGAUAGUCACUUCUGCCACCCCAAUUUAAAAAUAUAGAACUGCCUUUAUCCAACUGUUCUUACUCCAAGAAUACUGAAAAAUAGUGUCAUAUCCAGAUUUUAUAUGCUGUAAAAGCAUAUUUUGUUUCUGUUCAUCAACCAUAGACAUGGCCAAGCACUGUGGACUAGCCUCAGGCUUUAAAAUCAGAUGCAGUUUUGGUGAGCUGGAAACUGUCUCACUGUGAAGAUCCUGUGGAAGCAUUUUCCAGACCGGCACUUGGUGAGAACAUACAGUUCUCCACGAGCUAAUGGAGAACAAAUCUGAAAUGUGCCAAGGGGUCAGACGGCUCCGCCUUUCAUCUUGAGACUGCAGAUACAGUUCUUCUAGGGUUAGUAGAAUUGGGGACAGAAAUCUCAUUUAUCCCACAUGCAUGCUUUGGAUUAGAAUCCACAGAUUGAGAUGUUGAUGAAUUUGUAUCAAUUUUAAUGAGAUUUAAUGCCCAGAUGACUCUCUUUUGCAGUUCAAACAAUAAAGUUGCUCACAGAUACAGAAGACAUUUCAUCUACUUACCAAUUCUCAAAACGUAAUAUGAUGAUAACUGAAGCCCAUGUAUAGAAGAAAUCUUUUAUAUGCUGCAUUAUGCCUUGAUAUCUCUUAAAACAUUGUUUGUAUUCACCAUGUAGAUAAUUGUGUUUCUGGCCACUAAUAUUUUGUUAUAUUUUUAUAAAAAACUCAAAUAUCCAUUCA